GCCAUUCACCUCGUGACCACGUGUCUCCGACUGUAUAUAAACAGGUUUCACUUCACUUUCCGCCGCCCCCUGCUAACGCCGGCUGAAGUCUUAAUCCGUGGACAUGGCGAUAAUUUUGCUCCUGUUGACUUUGGCGUCUGUAACUUCAGCUUUUCACCUGUCUGAACGAGACGAGUAUCACUUCAAGACAUGGAUGGCACAGCACAGAAAAGGGUACGACAUGAUGGAGUACAACCACAGGCUCCAGAUAUUCACUGAGAACAAGAGGAGGAUUGACAAACACAAUGAAGGAAAUCACUCUUUCACAAUGGCGCUGAACCAGUUUUCAGACAUGACGUUUGGUGAAUUCCGAAAGGCCUUUCUCUGGUCCGAGCCACAGAACUGCUCUGCUACUAGAGGGAACUACCUCAGCAGCAAAGGGCCACAUCCAGACUCCAUUGACUGGAGGAAGAAAGGAAAUUAUUUGACGCCUGUGAAGAAUCAGGGACCAUGUGGCAGUUGCUGGACUUUUUCCACAACCGGCUGUCUGGAGUCUGUUACCGCUAUUGCCACUGGGAAACUAGUACCACUGUCAGAACAACAGCUGGUGGACUGUGCCCAGGAUUUCAACAACCACGGAUGUAAUGGGGGUCUUCCCAGUCAAGCAUUUGAAUACAUCAUGUACAACAAGGGACUGAUGACAGAGCAGGACUACCCAUACAAAGCUAUGGAAGGUGCUUGCGUGUACAAACCAGACAUGGCUGCUGCUUUCGUUAAGGAUGUGGUGAACGUAACAGCGUACGAUGAGAUGGAGAUGGUGGAUGCUGUCGGCACACGCAAUCCUGUCAGCUUUGCCUUCGAGGUGACCUCUGACUUCAUGCAUUACAGCCAGGGCGUCUACACCAGCACUGAAUGUCACAACACUACGGACAAGGUGAACCACGCUGUGCUAGCUGUCGGCUAUGGGCAAGAGAAGGGCACCCCUUACUGGAUAGUGAAGAACUCAUGGGGAACCAGCUGGGGCAUAGACGGAUACUUCUGGAUUGAACGUGGGAAGAACAUGUGUGGACUCGCUGCUUGCUCAUCCUUUCCCGUGGUGUGAUUUAUAAAUGAUUGUGCACUACAGGAGGACUCAAAGGGAUGUUUCAUUUUACAGGAUUUUUUUUUUUA